AAGGGCUGGAUGGGAAAGAUAGACAGAGGGAGGGAUACAGACAACCGAUAAAGAAACGCACUGAGAGCAACAGUGGUAAAGCAAGGCUACAGACGGAGACAGAGAUAAGGUCUGGAUAUAAAUGCUCAGUCCACCAGCUGGGGAAUAAUAACUGCAGCAAGUGACUGGAGGAUACAGAGAAAGGGGGAAGCAGAGAGAAGAUGGAUGUACAAACAGAGAACGUGGACCCCCCGCCUUGUGAAUCCCAGUCGAGUGGAAAAAUCAGAAAAGGAUUCAAGCUGUUUGGCAAACGCAAGCCAGGUAACAUUUUUUCUAUUCGUGGCAAAGGGGAUGGGAACAACAAGUCACCUGUUAUCAGGAGCAAAACCAGUGAUGGAUUAUCUGAGACUGCUGCACCAGAUUCAGAGCAGGAGCCAGACAAGGAAAAGGCACAGGAGGUGAGUCAAGGAGAGAGGGAGCAGGCAGAAGAGGAGGCUCUCGGUGAAGAUGGCGUUCUGGCUGCAGCCCCGGCUCGUGCCUCCAUUUCUUCAGCCAGCUCAGCCAAGUCCCUCAGCUUCCUGUCGCUGCUGAGGGGUGGUCGAAGAGGAGUGGGGGACCGCAGGGUCCACACCGUGUCCCAGCCUGUGGGUCGGCACCGUCGUGGGCUGAAGGGUCUGUUUGGCAAUGUUAAGUUUAAAUCAAAAGAUAAAGAGGAGAAGGAGGAAGCCCCUCCGAGCCCACUUCUCAUGUCGUCCCGCGCCAACAGUGUGGAAAUCAUCAAAGAGGACCUCACCCUCACCCCCAAAUCCCAUCCUCGCUCUCUGGACAGCCCAGAGACUGAGAGCUAUGAGCCUGAAAAGAGCUUUGCAACACAGGACAGUGAAGCUACGUCCCCAUCAGAGACCUCAACUCCCCAGGUGACGGCAGGCGAUGUGAGUAGAACUGAUGAGCAUGUGCCGCCUUUACCCACCUCUGAACCACCUUUGGUACCCGGGGAUAACAGCCUGAGCUGCCUGCUGGCAGACAUCUCCUCUCUCCUGACCUUUGACUCAAUCACAGGGGGUGGAGACAUUAUGGCUGAUGUGGAGGCAGAGUGGGGAAAAGCGAGCAGUCCCGUGAGUGCUGCGGGGACUGAAGUCAUGCCAUCAUCCACAUCUCUCUUCUCCAAACCCACCAUCUCAUCUCCACCGACCUCUGCCUCCAUCAACACAGCUGCUACGGCAAAACCCUCUCCUGUAGCCGUCCCCACAACAACCUCUACCCAAUCCUUUACUCCUCUGACAAAGACAACUGCAACCUCUUCUCCCAAGCCGAGCUCCAUCAUCACGACGUUGACCAAAUCUUCCACUUUGACGACUCAGUCAGUCAAACUGAGUUCGGACUCUACUCCAGCCCCUGAGCCUUCUGCUAGCGUAAAAAUUAAAUCAACUCCUUCGCCCAUUGCAACGAGAACCUCAACUACCCCUGUAACGUUAACAAGCCUUUCGGCUCCAAUAAUGGCUCCUCCUUCCAUGACCGUUAAAUCCACAACGAGCAUCACCUCUGCUUCUUCAACAGCUCCUCCGAACACACCUGCCACUGUAGUAAAGGCUCCCUCAGCUAGUCCAACUCUUACCAGUACGGCUAGCAAAUUGGCUUCAGAGGUGAUCGCAGCACCUCCUCAAGUUGUUGCUUCAGUAAGUAAACCUAUCCCUGUUGUGACUCCAACGACUACAUCAGCUAAACCUCCACCAGUAACCCAUAGCCCUCCCACAGCUGUUGCUUUUACCCAACCUCCACCUGCUAAACUGGAUUCAGCUAGCAGCUCGAACCUGCAAACUUCCACUUCCUACAAACCUUCCCUGAGUUCAGCUGCAGGAGAAUCUAAAGCCCCAGUGACAGUAUCACCAGCCAGUGCUGUUACAACUAAACCCCCCUCUCCUCCACCCUCUAAGAUGACAACGGUUCCCACAUCAACUACGACCUCAGGCUCAGUAUCUGCGGCCCUUUCCAAACCAUCACUUACCUCCAGCCCAGUGGACUUAAGUAAGCCCUCUUCCUCUCUUGUAAGUGUUCCAGAUGUUCCUUCCUCUACUCUGACUGCCACAACUAAAACCCAACCCAGCCCUGCACCUGUCCCAACGCCAUCUUUAACUUCUUUAGAUAAGGUUCCUCCCACGACUAAACCCACUCCUGCACCAGUGUCUUUAGAUAAGACGCCCCCUGCUCCCACACCAACCCCAAUCACUCAUGCUGUUGUUUCUACAGCAUCCGCAACACCUCCUCCCCCAGGUCAGACCCCAGUCUCUCAAUCUAAAGCCCCUCCUGCUCAGAUCCCAGUUUCUGUACCAAAAGAUCCAACUGCUCCAGCUUUGAUCUCAGUUACUCAGUCUAAAGCUCCUCCUGCUCAGAUCCCAGUUUCUGUACCGAAAGAACCACCUGCUCCUGCUCAAAUGCAAGUCUCUCAGUCUAAAGCCCCUCCGGCUCCGGCUCAGAUCCCAAUUUCUGUACCUAAAGAAACACCUGCUCCUGCUCAAAUUCAAGUUUCUCAGUCUAAAGCCCCUCCUGCUCCUGCUCAGAUCCCAGUUUCUGUAGCUAAACCUCCUCCUGUUCAGAUCCCAGUUUCUGUAGCUAAACCCCCUCCUGCUCCUGCUCAAAUUCCAGUUUCUGUAGUUAAAGAUCCACCUGCUCCUGCUCAGAUCCCAGUUUCUCAAUCUAAAGCCCCUCCUGUAACAACUCCUGCCACUUGCCCUGUACCCUCUCCUUCCUCUCCUCCUGCACCUUGUCUGAGUGAGGCUGCUAAGAUGAGAGGAAGUGGACAGGCAUCAGUAGAUGGGCAACUGACUAGUUCAAGUGGCACGGGAGCCCAGGGGGCCCAGACUGUGCCGCCUAAAACAGAAGAACUGCAUGCUGAGACACGAACGAGCGUCCAGGGCCCCCCCAGAGAAAGAAAGAUACCACAAGCUAAACCAUCGGGACUUAGCAAAAUACCUGUAGUUGGAGGGGGCAGAGCAGGCAAAAUACCUGUCCGGGACAGUCAACAUGAUGAUGAAGCAAGCAGGGAUCCACCUACUCCUGAAGACGACAGGCCCCAUUUCAACUCACAUGAUGCAGGGAGCAGAGAUAAAAUCAGUGAUGUUGAGGCUAAUGUGCCCACCUCAAAACACACCCAGGAGGAGAGUCAGCAGCUUCCCCAGCCGAAAGUCCUCACCAGUUUACCGCGUGACUCAAAGAUCCCUGUAAAGCACGGCGCACAGUCUCACGCAGCCUCCCAAAUCCCUCAAGCUAAAGAGCCUGCUCGCACUAAGAUACCAGUGUCCAAGGUUCCUGUCCGCAGGUCUGGCACUAAACCUGCAGCUGCAGGCGGCAGCACCCAGUUAAGAAAAUAAAACAAUGGACUGAACCGACCAACGAUACAGAUUAUGGCUUUGACUGCAACUUUUUUUCCAAUAUUACUACAUGACCACCCUUUUUUAAUUAACGUUUCUAGACUGUAAUUCUUGGCUUCACAACAACAUAAGCAACAGUAACAAAGUCAAGGAGGCUGACAGCACUCAAGCACAAAACAUCUCCACAAGGAGCCAAAGCAACAAGCCUGGCUCUUUGGUGCUGAGCCAACUGGACAUGCACUCAGGAAAGGUUCGGGGUCACACCUGAACACACAGCAGCAUCGAGAACUAAGGAUAAGCAAGAAAAAAGGUCUUCUGGGAACACAGUCACACACACACAACACGGGCGAGUGCCUUUUUAAGGGUGCUUUUUCCGACAGACUUUCAGAAUUAAUCUUUUCUACAGUACUUUUAACUUUUGUUACUCCCACUUUUUGUAGGAACGGUCAACUCUUUUUUGUCUUUCUUUCCAGCGAGUCUCUUUGAUAAUAACCAGUCCCUUUACUCUUUAUUUAUGUCAGGAGAAGAACAGCAGGAGCUCUAUAAAUUAAUGCAACAACCAAAUUUACAUUCCACACCUAUCUCUGGAUGUAUGUAGCAUAAAACGUGCCAUUAAUUUUUUGCACAAGAUGUUGAACUGUACAGCGCCUGUGUGUCCGCCUGCUCAUAUGUAACAUGAUCAGAUCUCACUGUGAACUAUGGGGAAGACUGGUUUUUAUGGGAGGAGUGGAAAUAAUUGCUCCCAGUGUAAUGGACAGCAGCCAUUAUGAAUGGCACUAUGGACAGAGAGGAUGCUGAGAUGAGAUCUCUCGUACACUGGCACGUCCUUAUCCUUAUCCCACUUAUACUCAGAUGAGAACAGUAUCUCUGUGUAUAGUCUCAUCUAUGUUGUUCUGUUUCCUAUUUAAUCAAUAAAACAAUAUAAGUACUUUGCAAGAUGAGAUCUGUUUAAGUUGUGAAUUAUAUCCUGCAUGUUUUCUACAUCGUGGCAGUUGGAGACAGAAAAGGAAUAAUGUGGGCACACAUUACGAUUUACUGGCUUGGUAUUAAGAAGCAAUACAGCACCUCUUGGGAGAAUUUUACGCGGAAGGGAAUUACAUGAGGGAAAAGUUCAAGAGCAGAGUAAAGAGAUAUGACAAACAUUCUAUAUUUUCACUGACAAAUCCCCACUGUGACUCACCGUCUUACUACAGCCUGGGCUCAGAGUGUCCUCAUACUGUAGGAACAUCAUUCCAACAUCAUCCACACUCAAAGCUCACUGACCUGAAAAGCGAGCAAAUGAAUGUCAAGAGAGCCCAGCCAAUCAGCUGCAAGGGAAAACGCUUAACAUGCAUACCUUAUUAUCAGGAAAAGGGUUAGGGAAUGUGUGUCAUUGCUAUUCUUAGUGUGAAAUGCUCCCGACGGAUGUGCUGCAUUAUGUCUGAGAGGGUUAUUUGAUUUAGACAUUUAGUAUCAGUUUGAUAUCAGUGCAGGAAAGAACACAAUACAGAUACUUAUUUGAACUGAAAAGGCUGUCGUGAACAAAAAAAAAAGACUAUCUUUGAUGUUGCACAAAGGCUAUAAAUGUAGGAAAACAUGUUGAAAAGCAAGUCUAGUGGUGAGAGGGAAAAACCACAGGUUAAAGAUGGGACGCUGAUCUGAGUCAUGGGGUAACGUUAAGAGGAGUCUGCUGUUAGGAAUAAAGUGCAAAGGACAAAGGGUGAAUUUCUUACGAAAAAAAAGCAGUGCGGUGGUGACACAAAAAGACCUCUGUGUACUUCAGGAAGCCAGAGGCUGCAAGCUGAGAAAAGAGGACCAUCAUUUUGCCUGAGAAAACACGAGGAUUUCACCGCAUCAGGUGUUGAUACAGACUACAGAGGGUAAAAGCAUCUCCCUGAGAAAAAGAACAGUCUCCCCCUGAGGCUGUGACGCAACACAGGUUUGCCUCUUAGUAACACCUGAGAUUUUGGGUUUAAAAUAUUGAAAAACAGUCUUUAACAGCAUGCAGAUUUAUCAUCACGCCUGUUAGAGCAGAGGUCUGGCUGGUUAUGAGGGCUCACAUUGUGACACAGCUUGAUAAAUUGUAUAA